AUCCAGAAAUGAAUAGCACUGAAUUUAACGAAGAUACCUUGCCUGAUCUACUUCCCUUGUAUUACAGACGAUUAUUUCCUCAUUUACAGUUCUAUAGAUGGCUUAGUUAUGGUAAUUCAGCAACUUUUUCCAAGAGAGAAAUUUCAUUCACACUCCUAGGCGACAUAUACCUCCGAUUUCAGUCUUUUGAUACUCAUGAAGACUUUGUCAAUGAACUCCAGAAGAAAUAUCCAGUCAAAAUGGAUAUUGGAGCAGUUUAUUAUACCAAACCCAAAGACAGAAGUCCUCUGACUCCCAUGAUGCCUUUGGAAAAGGAAAUUGUUUUCGAUAUUGAUAUGACUGACUAUGAUGAUAUCAGAAUUUGUUGCUCUGGUACAGAUGUAUGCACAAAAUGUUGGAAAUUCAUGACCAUUGCAUGCAAAAUUUUGGAUGCAGCUCUGAGGGAAGAUUUUGGGUAUGCACAUAUUCUCUGGGUAUUUUCUGGUAGAAGGGGUAUCCAUUGUUGGAUUGCUGAUGAAGCAGCUAGAAAGUUGGAAGAGGGAGUUAGAUCUGCCAUUGCUGAUUACUUGCAAGUCAUUAAAGGUGGCACUAGUCAAAUGAAGAAGGUGCAGCUACCUGGAGAAAAAAUACAUGCAUCUCUUGGGAGGGCCCUUUCAAUCGUUGACAAAUAUUUUGUUGACAUAGUUAAAGAACAAGACAUCUUGGGCACAGAAGAGAGACUGAACAAUUUUAUGCAAAUAAUAGAUCAAGAUUUGAGGCCGUCAUUCAAAUCUGUAAUGAAGAAAGCUGAAUCUUCCAUAGAGCGAUGGAAGAUAUUUGAAGAAACUUUCUUGGAUCUCUUAAGAAAGAAUCAAAUUCCGAAGAAUCUAAGGAAUCUCAGGGAAGAGAUCAAAUUACAGUACGCUUAUCCUAGACUGGAUAUACAUGUAACAAAGGGAUUGAACCAUUUGUUGAAAGCUCCAUUUUGCGUUCACCCGAAAAGUGGAAAAGUUUCAGUACCUUUCAAUCCUAAAUUGGUGGAUAAUUUCGAUCCAGGAAAUGUACCAACUCUCAGUUUGUUGAUAGAGGAAAUAAACGCUUAUGAUGAGAAGACGAAAGAACAGGAACAAUCGAUUAUGGAAACUGAAAGUACUGCC